UGUUUGUCUUGGUCUUUACAUGAUAUAAAUUGUUCCAAUCUUUAAUCUCUCUUGCACCCUCGAUUUGUUCUAACUAAUGUUAUUUAUCACUUUUCUUAUUGUAGUUAGGUAUCUUCAAUGUUGUACUUAUAAAAAGAAAAUGAUGAGGGAAAAAAUAUGCUAAUGGACAAUAUGAAAGGCUAAAUUUUAUCUUUACUUGUGAAACAAAUCUGAAUCAAAGGCCGGCUGCCCUCAUUAAUGCAACGGAAAAUAUAUUUCCAGCUCAUUUGCACAGAUACAGACUCGAACACAUAUGUAUAAGUGCUCCAGCAGUGCUUUGGGCCCUAAAUGUGUUGAAAUCUGAUGCUCCUCCACUCUUACUCCCUGUACUGCUCCUGCUCUUGCUAUGUGAAUCAGUCACCUAAGCAAGGAGCACCGUUUUGUUUCUUUUCCAUUGAAAUGGUCAAAAUGUUUACAUUUCUUACGUUUCUUAGGCUUCAUCGUGGGGUUUUGCAUCAAGGAGACUUCCAGAAGUUUCAAUUCACUUUUAUUAUUUCUGACAAUUUCCUUUUAUGCACGGGCCACAUAUCUCCAGAACCAAAAUUUCAUCUCAGGUCUUUCGGGAGAUGAGGUUAUACGGAACCGCAUACUAGAAUCAUUAUAUAGGCGUAUUAUGCGAGCAUACAAUGAGAAGAAGUGUUUUAGGGCUUUUAUUGUCAUACCACUUCUACCUGGCUUCCAGGGGGGCGUGGAUGAUGGUGGUGCAGCAGCUGUGAGAACCAUUAUGCAUUGGCAAUAUCGAACAAUUUGCAGAGGACACAAUUCAAUAUUGCAUAAUCUUUAUGAUCUUCUUGGUUCUAGGAUGCUUGAUUACAGAUCGUUCUAUGGCUUAAGAGCUUAUGGCAGACUUCUUGACGGUGGUCCUGUGGCAACCAUAUAUGUGCAUAGCAAAAUCAUGAUAAUUGAUGAUUGUAUAUCCUUGAUAGGAUCAGCUAAUAUAAAUGACAGGAGUUUACUUGGAUCAAGAGAUUCUGAGAUUGGUGUACUUAUUGAAGACAAAGAAUUUGUUGAUUCAUGUAUGGGAGGAAAACCUUGGAAGGCAGGAAAAUUUUCUUCAAGUCUUCGCCUUACUCUAUGGUCUGAACACCUUGGUCUUCCAGCUGGGGAGGUUUGUACAUCUAACAAAACAAGGUAAUUUUUUUUCAUAAUGACUACGGCCAAGACAGGUUAGUGAACGAGAGACUAAUGAAUGCUUGUGUUAAUCUUAUACCUUGCUGACUGUGUAUUAUUCUUUUUUAUUCAAAUUAGUCAAAUAAAUGACCCGGUGGUUGAUUCAACUUACAAAGACAUAUGGAUGGCAAGGGCAAAGGCCUUAAACAUUUGCACAAGCUACUAAGCUUAGGAGGAUUGCAGCAGUUAAGGAGAAGGACCUUGCAAAAAGUUACUCAACACAACCCUCCUCUGUAUCCAAGGUUGGAACCGACUAUGUAAAAGAUAAAACACCAAGCAAGACACAAGCAGAAGAGGAUGUAGACCAAGAAAGAUAGAAUUGGAGACGAACAUAUUCAUGAAAUGGUAGAAGUAGCACCAAGAAAGAUAUUACCUUCUUGUGAAUGGGAGCUGAGCUAUUUUCUCCUAACUUUGUGGUGCAGGUCUGAAUCAUGGAAAUCAGCUUCUCUACACAAAAAGAAAAAGAAAAAAAGGACCAUAUCUCUCAGACCCUAUUGCAAGCAGGAGCCUUGCGCCCUAGGUAUGGUCAAAGGAGUUGCCUUUGUGAUUAUGGAAUUCUCUAGCAGUGAUCAUUCAAGGCAGAGUACUCGAGGAAUGGGCCCAGUUUGAAAUUGGUGACAAUCAGAAAGCCUUCAUGAAUGAGGUUCACUAUUGAUGAAGGGGCUGGUCUCUGAUUAGACUCUAUCAGCCAGGUUUCUCUUUGCAAAGGUAUGAAGCUGGUCUAUCAGGAUCUAUGAGCAAGAGGACAAUUUUCAAAUGCAAUGUUCACUUGGAGCCUACUGUGAUCAGAUAAAGGUCCUUAUUUGUUGAGAGGAGGAAGGGUAAGUGGGGCAACAUGAUUUGAGGCAGUGAUUGUUUUUUGCAAACCCAGAGCAUGUUAGAAGGAAGACAGUGGUUUGCAGCAAGAGGCAGUGGUGAUGGAAAAUGUUGACGAGGGGAGAGCACUGUGAUGGACGAUUGCUUGCAAAUAACGGGUGAGUUGCUGAGAUGAGAGAGAUACUUUAUUAAAAAAAAGAGAGUUGGUGAGAGAUAAGCAUGUGAUGGGAGCAAUUGAUGUUGUAUUACCAAACAGUGGUAGCAAAGUGUAUUGAUUUUGAUUUUUUUUUUUUGUCACCUCUGGUUCCUUUGUUUUCUUUUGUUUUUACUUUGAAGGACAUAAUACGUAUGCAGAGAAUCAGAGUGUUUAGUUUCUUGUUGAGAGUGUCUCAGCUUGUCAACAUAUUGCCUUAAAAUUUGAAUCCUUGGUUCCUUACCAUGUGCUCAUAUUGGUUGAUUCUUACUUUUAUUUAUCUAAAAUGCUAGGUUUUUUAUUUUGUCAUUAGCUGCAGUCUUUGAAGUUGGCCAUUCUUUAAUUUUGAGUUGAUUAUUCUUUGUUAGCUUUAAAGAGAGGCUACCAAAAGAGACAUGGUACGUAUUUAUGCUUCAAAUAGUUAAGUUUUGCAUGCCAUGUCUGAGUCAUUAGCCUUUUUGUUGGAGUUGCAUUAUCUUUCUGUAGUUUUCUUCCUGUUGUAAUUUGUAUGUCCAGCUAGUUCACUGUUGUUUUUUCAAUUUGGAUGUAUAUUGCCUCAUAUGGAUGGAAUCU